AUGAUUUAUGGACAAUUAUCUUCUCCUCGUCAUUCACAUUCAUUUCAAGAUCGCAUGCUGCACAAGCUCAUGUGUUCGUGUUGCAUAAUUCCAUUAUUAUAUUUUUUUAAACGGGAAAUAUCCUUUUUUGACCAAACUGGGCGCACAAUCCUUGUAUCGUGUGUUUGUGUACAUAUGCAUCUGUUGCGUGUUGUUGAUCAUGGCUCGUGCUCUUGUUCAUUCGGCUCCUUUUAUACCCGACUGAAAGACGGAAGAUGUCUAAUGCCGAGUUUGCCUCUUUUAUCUGCUUGUCCCAGAAGACAGCAGCAGGUGUAUCACAGUCAGCGACGAGCAGGAGGCCGUGGGGGAGACAACAGCCGAGAGCGACCGAAGUCCAAUUUUUACGAGUACGAGAGCGUUGCCGCGUUGGUGAGACCUGCGACUGCGUUGGGAGCCCCUACAACUGCUCUUCAACAGCAGCAACAACAACAGCAGCAGCAGCAGUUGCAGAAAUCUGCACAGUCGCAAAACAAUGGCUCCCAACCGUCUUCCGUCAGGUCACGACGAGGCCCUGCCAUCCACAAUUCGCUGCCGAAGAAAUCUCAGAACCGUCCCCAGCAUCCUACCAUCGAAUCGGCAUUCCCUCAGCAAAAGGUUUCACGCCAAGGACCGUACCAGCAGAACUCCGGAGCUCAGAUGAACGGCCACGGAAACCCGAGCGAUUUCGGACACCGUGUCCCGCCUCCCUAUCACGUGGUUCAUCAACAACAACAACAACAACAGCAGCAACAACAUCAUCUGUAUCAACAGCACCAGCAGCCUCUCGGACCGCAGCACAACAAGCAUCCGGCCCAGCGAGCAAUGGUACACGCUAUGGCGGCUUCGCAAAACAUGGCACACGGUCCCGGGGCUUUGAAUAGCAGCAGUUUGCACCGUUUGCCAAAUCAGCGACCGGGAAUACCACCACCAGAGUUCUUUGAGCCGAAACGGAGACAUGCCCCGGCACCGCCUGGUCACGGAUCCCGGGUUCAUCCGGGUUUCGACAACCACCCGCCCCCGCCUCAGUACGUGAACGGGCCACCGAACGCAAACAUGAUGCACUUCAACGGCGGCUCGAAGAAUGCUCAUCACCACUACCCCGGGGUGCAUCCACGACAGCAAGUGACCCAGUCUUGACACAGGGGAUGCAUUACUUUCUCUGUUUGAGAGCGGAACUUGAAAGCCAAAGAAUUUUUGUUGUUGUUGUCGAGAGGAUCCAUCGAUCGUUUCCCCGAAUAUCCCCGCAGAGCGUUAUGUUUCGAGAAAAAAGAUUCAAGAAUUUAGAUGCCAUUUUUAUCGCUUGUUUGAUUUUGGUUUUCUGGACGUAUUUAUAAGCAAAAUUUAAUAAUCAUCCGAAUAUUUUAUGUAAUGGCUGAAGUUUGAAUUUUUGACGAUUUUCCGGAGGCUGUCGCUUGGAUAUCCGUGAGAGAAGAAAAAAAAAACUCGUGAACGGGGUAAAUUACACAGGAGGUAGUGCAAAUUUGACAUUGUGGGUAAUCGCGUCAAACCGAGCUUUAACUCAAGAUUUUUUCGGGAUCAGAUUUUUGACAUUCGAUCAGUCUGUAAAUUCGCGUUGGACUUUUUUUAUGACUAUGGACGUAGAAAAAAAAACAUAUUUGACGUAAUCCCUGGUGCGUUUCAGACGGUUUUGCUGAAAAUGCGUUAAUCUGUGAUGUAACCGUAAUACUUUUUCCUUGAUUUUUCUAUGAUGAACAAAGAACGCAAUUGGUUUUAGAUCUUGUUGAUUGACUGAACGGAGAGAAUUUCGCGAGUGGGCAUCUGAACAGGAAUUUUUUAAAUCACUUUGCUUCGUGGCAGGUUUUUUUUUUUUUGAAGAAGAAGAAUCUUAUUUUGGAUUCCGUUGGUUUUAGUGUGAAGAAAAGUAUU